AUGGAGUCGCUAAUUAAUCAAAUGGAUAAAUAUUCGAGUCGAAAUUUAAUGUUAUCAUUUUCACAGUACACUACUUGUUUAACGGCUGGGUGUCUACCAAAAGACAGUCAGUUACGUGAACGUUUAAUAAAUCUUUAUAUGAGAUUGGGUCUCUGUCGUACAAUAAAUCGUUCGUUAGAUUUUUUAACGUGUCUUCAUCGAUGUAAACUAUAUGGUUUAGGAGACCAGGAAAAGAAUUCAACGACUCGUCUGCUAACAUUACUAACGAAUAUUAGCCAGUUAAUUUAUUAUCCAUCGGAAUCAAUUGCUUGGCUAUGCGAAGCACAGGUAUUCAAACGAUCAUCGCAAUUAUUUCGUGCAAUAUCCCUAAGCUGUUGGCUUAUAUCAAUAAUUAUUUCAAUUAUUAUAAAUACUAUUAAAUUUCGAAAACUUCAUCGUCAAUUGAAUGCUGAACGUAAGACGAAACAACAAUCUUCUGGAAUCAUGAAUUCUGCAUGUUUAACCGAGCUUUAUAAAACAAUGCUUGGUUUAGUGAAUAGUUUAUGUUUUCUACUUAAUUGUAUACAUUGGUUCCCAUAUAAAAUAUUGUGGAGUGGAAAACUUCCAUUAUUUGUUGUUGGUUUCAACGGCACUUUGGCGACAUUAUGCAGUGGUAUUCAAUCAGCUAUUUAA